AUGAAGCACAUAGAGCCUGUUUUAUGCGCAGAAGGAAUUAUUAAUGGCAUUACACUAGAAAUCAGACAAGGGAGUAUCUUGGAUUUAGAUGUUGAUGCAAUUGUAAAUGCAGCAAAUGACAAACUCGGAAAUCUUGGAGGACUAGCAGGACAAAUUAUUAAUUCUGCAGGGCCAGAUGUUCAAAAAGAAUGCGAUGAAUAUAUUAGGAAUAACUAUUUUGUCAAACCUGGAACAGUUGUAGAAACAUCAGCAGGAAAAUUAAAUUUCAAGUCAAUUUUUCACACAGUUGGACCGGUAUUUGAGGGAGCAAAAGAAACAGAAUACCAACGUGAAACUCUCUUCGAAUCGAUAUUAUUUCCAAUUAUUGAAGCUAACAAAUUAAGCUACAAGUCAAUUGGAAUCCCUGGAAUCUCUUGUGGGAUUUUUGGGUAUCCAAUAGAAAAGGCUGCUCUAAGGCACAUUGAAGCUUUCAUAGUCUUUGCAGGAAAUUAUCAAUUUUAUGUAGAGAAAAUUAGCAUAAAAAAAGUUGUUUUUAGCUUAUAUACUGAUACAGAGUUAAACCUAUUUCUUGAUGCUUUGAUGACAAAAUUUAAAGCAUUUGAAUAUAUAAAAUAUCUAGGAUUAAUAAAGGAGAGAGAACUUUUACCAAAUCAUGGGUAUUGCGAAGUUUGCAAUCACUUAAUUCCAGAUGCAGAGAAUUAUAUGAAUAUCAGUCAAUUAUGCUGCAAUAAGGUGUGCAAUUUUUGUAUUUUUCAGCACCAACUUUCCUCUUGCCCUAGAGAUGGUUUUUUAUUUCCUGAAGAUGUAAGAGGAAGCUUUGGCAGCUAUAUUUUAUGUAAAGAUUGCAAAAUUUAUGUAAACAUAGAAUCAAGCGUGUGCUCAUGCAGGCAACUGUGCUAUAAUUGCUUAGUCAACAACCAUAGAAUAUUUCAAGAUUGUGUGUGCAUUUGUGGGCAAGUGAUCCAAUUUUAUAGUUAG